UGAGCCGCGCGCAGCAGCCUAUGUUUCAGUUAGUGAGAGCGAAGAAGUAUCCCAGGUGGUUAAAAAGGAUUGCGUCAUCUGAAACCGUAACAAUUUCAUAAAGCCACUGAACAAGGACCUAGACUGGACACCGCUUUGACCGGGCGCCGAGGGACCGUGUUUUGAUGACCGUGGAGUUUGCAACCAUGACAGAGGGAGCCACUGCAACGCAGGUUUCAGUGGACAGAUGGAAGGCAGCCAUCAUCUGUGUGGGAAUGUGUUUUACAAGAUCUCAGAAAGUUCCUGCUGUAAUGAUAAUAUCACUCUGGGAUUAAGCCAGCUGGUGGCUGACUGCUGUGGUUCUGUAGCUUACAAUCCCCUUAAUGAGAUUUGCUGUAAUGGCAGAAUUCUGACUCGAAGCAGCACACACCAGAAAUGCUGUGGCGAAAACAUGUACGUGACAACGACUCAUGUUUGUUGUGGUGGCAACAAUAUAUUACAACGGAAGGAAAAUCAUGCUUGUUGUGGCAAGGAAACGUUUGAUGUGACAACCCACUGCUGCUGUGCUAACCCUGAACUAGAAGUAAAGCCUAAAAAUGAAGCUUGCUGUCCAAAAGCAACAGUAAUAGAUGCACCAUUUGUAUUAGUAGAUCAUAAUCUGAAUCUGAUUCUCACAAAUUCCUAUCAAAAAACUGAACACCAGCAAGACUGUCCUUCUGCCUGCACAUUAUCAGAAACCUACAAUCCCCAUGAAAUUUGUUGCUCAGGGAAACUGCAUAAGAAGGCAUCAGCACUUACUAAGUGCUGUGGCGUAGAUGCUUACACUCUGUCAGAUGACAAUGUGCUGUGCUGUAAUGGAAUCCUUCAUAUCAAUGUUCCUGAGCACUCAGAGUGUGUUGGAGGUGUUAUAUAUUCUCCAGAAAACACUACUUGCCAAAUGUCGACCCGUCCUCGUCUUGGUGAACACUGCUGUGGAGGACAAACUUUCAAUCCUCACACACAUAUUUGCUGUAAUGGACACAGCCACAACAAGAAGGAUGGCAAUUUCUGUUGUGGUUCAGAAGUCUAUGAUCACCGCAAGAAGUUCUUGAGAUGCUGCUCAGGUCAUCUCUACAACCUAACCCAUUUACAUGAAAAAGCAGAGUGCUGUGGAAACCUAUUGCUGCAAUAUAACAACAAUCAGACUUGCUGUUCUUCCGCAACCAAUUCCAUCAUUUAUGAAACCAAACCAAACCACCGUUGUUGUGGGCAUUACUACUACAACACUUCCCUGUGGAGCUGCUGUGCUGAACAUCUCAAACCAACACCAAAACCUAACAGCUCUCCUGCAGAAUACAGACUUAAACCACUAAUGGACCUGAUCCCUGAAAUGUGCAAAGAAACAGUGUUCUUUGGCAAAGUGGAAAGUGUGGCACUUAAAAACGAUCAGCGUCAUGUUGUGUUGAAAGUUGUUGGGCAGGUCGAUGUAAAAUCAGAAAAGGUCAUCAAAGACCCUUGGCUUCAUGUGUCCCUGGAUCACUGCAGCUCUCCUGCUACAGAAAACAACAUGACCUACCUUUGGGAAAACCGCAAUGGGACACACAAGCUUCUCUCUCACCCUGUUGACCUAACCUCUGACAUUCACAUGUUGUAUUCUGUGUGUUACCAAAAAAAGGGAUAGAAACAUGGAUUUUGGGAUAUUUCCCAUUGUUUAGCAUGCAGAUUAUCAUGAUUUUUGGUCUGUAUAAGCAUAUCAUUACCACAACACAUUUUUACUUCAUUGAAUAUUUCUCUUUAAUCUCAGUAAUGGAUUGAUCCUGUCUAUACUGAUGCAUUACUCUAUUUAUUCAGGUCAUUUUAAGCUUUGUUAAUGUAAAAAAAAAAAAGAAGUAGAAUCAAACAAAGAAAACCUUUUUUAUAUGUAGUUGCUGGGCAGUGUUAAUUUGAUAUUUUAAGUUGCACUGCCUAAGGAAGCAUUUUUUGUUAAACUGUGUUUUACUAAUCUCAGGUCAAUUGCAAUUCUGUUUAACGAUUUGAGAGGUUCAGGGGUCUUCAAGUGUUAAGCUCAAAGGUGCAAUUAAUGGCUUUUAUACUACUACAUUAGAAGACAGAUUAUUUGGUGUGUGUGUGUGUGUGUGUGUAUAUAUAUAUAUAUCUCACAAAGCUAUUUAGCAUCUAUUCACAAUUAGAUCUGGCUAUCUAAUACUGACAUGUAGUUGUAAACUUCUCCAGACUAUAUACUGUUCAAUUUCUAUGUCUCAGCUAUGUACAACUGUGAACACACCUUUCACAUUAAAUGUUGUUUAAAGAAACUGUUCUUGUUUAAGCUGUACUGUGGAAUUGAAGAUAUGGAAUUUGAAAUGUUUAUCAUAUUUUUUUAAAUAAAAAUGUUAAGAAGCA